CUACCUGAGUAGUUGAUAAUGAGUUUUGGUUUUUAAUUGUUCAUUAUUAUCUACCCGGGUUUUAACUACGGGCUUUUAGAAGACAAUAUUUGUUUUGUUCGGGCUUUUCUGUGUUGGUACUACUUGGUAGCUGUGGUAAAACGCAUUCGUGGCAAUCUGAAUUUUCAAAAAUCGGGUUCGUGUGUAAAUUAGUCCCCCUUCAGCAGUAGUGCUCCUGCUUACAACUUAUGACACUGCACUCUAUCUGCAGAAAGCAGCCAGGUAUAGAGUUAUAGGCACUUGUGUUAACUGACAACUGUGGUAACAGCAGUAAGAUAAAUUCAAAAAUAUUUUAUAAAAAGUUGUACAAAUUUCCGCUUUUAAAAAUCUGGGUCGCAAAAAGUCAGCCUCAAGGCCAAAUGUUGAGAUUUUGGUUCGACACACAGUGUUAUUUCGAACAGUUACUGUCGAAUACCGAUGAAAAAACGUGAACAGCAUGUACUUACGUAAUAAUUGUAAAUACGUUUGAACGGGUGUACGGCGGGAUUAUGCAACCCUCCCGUAAAAUUAGUUUCAACACGUUUCGAGCAGGCGUUCUCUCGGUAUAUAUGCCAGGCUAGCCAUUGUCCAGUGUCUAGAAACUACAAAGGAGAUUUGGCACGUUACUCACGGCCGCACAUUAGUGCGCAUCGCACAUGUAUACGAGCACAGUACUGUAGUGUAUGUAUUGUACCCGCCACAUAAUGCGCAGUUCGGUUGUGCGCGAACGCGACAGCUCAUUAGUAUUGCCCGCUUCUGUUUGCUUUUAAUCCCUACGACCAACCAUCGAGCGGUAGAUUUCAGUUAGAAAUCGCACUUCAGACUUCGGUUGCAGUUGUUUCGUGAUUUCCUACUCCGUCCUCACAGUUAUUAGGUUUAUAAUUUAUUUGUACUGUUAAGUGUUAAAAUAUAAGUGUUUAUUGAGCAGUUAUCAUUGCGGACUGUACUCUCCAAAUUUUUUGUAAAUAAUCUGAAAUCACAUUGGUUUAAUUCUGAGCUAUGAAUAGUUGUUUUUCUAUCUUCAGACCGUACGUACGCCUAAAAGUUUAUAGCUGCGCGCAUAAAUGAUAAGACAUGCGAGUUUAAAACUACCUAUCUUAGUAAGUACUUGGCGCGGUCAGCGAAAGUACAUCUUUAUAUAUAUAAAACCUGAACGGGUUUUGGUCAUCAGCUGUGCGAAUUUUGCGCUCAUGUUGUAGCAUUUUCUCCCUUGGCACUGCGCCCACACUGCGGUUUUGUUGCUUCGCCUUGUAGGGCUGAUUAUUGCUGAACUUUCAUUAGCGAAUAGUGCUACCUGUGGUGUAUAAACGUGUUGCGUCUUACGAAUUGAAACCCACCGUUCUGUGUCCGGUUCGAAAUGUAAAUUACCGUUUGGAAACAUACAGUACAUGCAGUACGGGCAGCUUUAACAAUCUGUUGUGGAACGUUGAUUGGCUAGCGAAAUUGGAGGCUUCGAGUGCGGUUACCAACAGGCAACAGGAUCUGGUAGCGCGGCAUUACCGAUGCAAGAUAAGCCCCGAUUGCCUCUAUGGCUAGCAGGUCUCACCAUCAGUCUAAGAAGCGUUGCAAUAACUCAUUGUCCUCACCACUCCAUCCUAUACAAAAGAAGCAGCAAUGUGUAUCGAGUUCAUCGUCGUUUGAGGAAUCCUUCGAGGAACGGGAUAGUGGACUGGAAACGUUUAUCAGCGAUGAAUGCAGUAUAGUGGGAGAAACGGUUUGCAGUCCACCGUCCAGAAGAGAUUCUGAGGGGUUCCAGGAUCUCUAUUGCGCCGAAGGGGACCUCCGUGAUAAUCCAGUUGUGAUCAGGAUGGACCGCCACAAACACAGCGGCAGCAAAGUAAGCAGAAAUUCCGGUCGUGGGAGAUCUUCUGCUUCCAAAGAAAAUCGCAGGGAUGUGAUACGAGGCGUGGUGAGCAAAAAGAAGACGAAUUUCGUGACGGGCCAGAGUCUUGCCAAGGCUGUGAAUUCACCAUUAACCGAGUCACCAGAUCCAACUGGAAAAUUUAGAAUCCGUCCGAACGUGUUGGCUCUGAGGAGUCGACCGCGCUUUCAGCCUGAUACCUUUGAUGCCCGUGAAACUGCUUGUCCGUUUUUGGAUAAAGACAAAUGGAACGGCUACCAGCGAACAUCGCACAUUUUUGGAAUGCACCCGGAGCUUGAACCGUACAUGCGGAGUAUGCUGCUGGAAUGGAUGAUGGAGGUUUCUAAAGCACAUACUUUGCAAAGGAAGACGUACCAGAUGGCGCUUGAUUUUGUGGAUCGAUUUUUGUCUUACACCGAGAAUGUUCCCAAAAAUAUUCUGCAGCUACUGGGGGUUUCCUCAUUAAGUAUUGCCGCCAAAAUCGAGGAAAUUUUCCCGCCAAAAUUGUCCGAAAUGGCUUACGUGACCGACGAAGCACACGAUGCCAGCGAUAUCAAAGCCAUGGAAAGAAUUAUCCUUAAUGUACUUGGAACUGCUUUUAUGCCCGUAACGGUUUGUGAGUGGGCCGGUAUUUUUCUGUUCGGUGAUACAAGAGGUUCCGAGGCACAAAAUCAACCUCAAACACCUAAGAUGUCUUUGGACGAGCCAUCUUUAGAAAAAUAUGCAAGAGUGUGCAGGCUCGCAGAUCUCGCAAUGCUGGACCACAAUUGUUGUAAUUAUUCGUACCGGCAGAUUGCAGCAGCUGCAAUUUAUUCAGUCAAUAUCGACGAAAAGAUUCUUCAAGCUAUGGAGGAAUCUUUUGCGGCGGAAAUAGAUUCUAUUAUCGCAUGCAUUCAGUGGAUGAAGCCCUAUACGGAUAUUGAAGACUGCCUACCUCCUCCAAGUGCGGCAUUUGCAUCCCGAUCUUUUGAGCCCGAUUUUAGCUGGCCACAUCUUCAGAGUCACGACUUUGAUCUCGAAAUCUUUUUGCGAGCGUUGAACACACAGCAGCAGUUUAGGAGCCCUCUUAGUGAGCAAAACGAAAACUUGGAGCAGCUCAGCCUGAUCGACUGGGAGGAUGUGGACGAAGAAGUGGUUGUAACGUCUAUUCUAACUCCACAGCGAGCUCACCUCAGCAGUGCUUUCUAUACUCCACCUGACAGUCAAGCAAAGUCUCGCCGUCGUUAUGAGUAAUUUGGUUUUGGAUUUUGCUCAGCUAACGAAUAUUUCCAGGGUUUUAAAAGUCUCCUGUGAACAUUAAGUAUUGUCGUACCUGCCUCGCUACGAUAUUGUAGUCACAUGUUGUUUUUGCACAUUUUAGCUCUCAGCUUUUGUAUACAGGAUGGUUUUUGAGUGGUUAUUUAUUUCUUUUUGGUUUAUAUUUCCUGUUUUUGUUGUGUAUAUUGCAAGCGGAAGUGAUCGUUUGUUGCUCAAAGCAUUUUUUCCUAGUUUUACCGGGAGGGUCACGUACAGACUCUGUACGAAAUGCGGUGGACUCAAGUUGCAGUAAAUAUUCUGGGAAUGAUUUUUUGCACCUGAUAAUAUGUAAUUUUUUGCACCUGUUAAUUAUCUAAUAAUUC